AUGACUCUAUCAAACAGUGCAAAAACAUAUCCACCAAGGUUGUAUGAAGAGGGGAAAUGUCCAUUGCAACAUCGAAGCAUGAAUCACAACUCUCACUUGGUUGCUUUGCAGAUGGUCGAGGAAGCAGUUAUUGUGAAGUUGAAAGAGAUGGAAUCCAUUAAAACAUCAUCUGUUGGAGUUAUUGUGAAGUUGAAAGAGAUGGAUUAUACAUGGUCAGCCAAGGCAGUUCACCAUUUAUUGACAAACCAAUUGGUGGUUAAUAAUAUCCAUGAGAUAUGGUCUGUCAUAGAAGGUCAACCAAUUAGGCUAUCUCUAUAUGAGUUUGGUCAGAUUACAGGUUUUAAUUGUGAGCCUUUCGACAUAAAUGAUAAGGUGGAGGUUGAUCAUAAGCCGUUUUGGGAAGAGAUUGGUGUGUCUCCUUCACAUGGUCCUAUGUUUUCUAAGCUGCGCUUAUUGUUAACUCAUAUUAGGAAUUGGUCGUUUGAGAAGAGAAGAAUGAUUGGCUUACUUAGUGUCUUAUCUAUUGGAGUACUUGGCAUCUCUCCUGGCAGUAGAAUUCCUUUGGAACAAGCAAAGAGAGUUCUAGACAUAAAAGCAUUUGAGAGAUACCCUUGGGGACGUGUCGCAUUUUCUAGCCUAGUAAAUUCAGUGAAAGUUAUUUCAUUUGAAGAAAGGAACAAGUAUACUCUUCGCGGAUGCGUACAUGCUCUCCUAAUCUGGGUGUAUGAGUCGAUACCUGGUAUUGGAGAAGAAUAUGGGAAUCGUAUAGAGGGUAACCAGGUUCCUCUUCUCUCUUGGUCUGCAUCCCGUUGCCGCAUAAACUGGGAUCUGUUUUAUAAAAAGGAGAAAAGUCUCCAUCAGAAGGUACGAGUCAGACAUCUCAUUGUCAAAUCAGAAGCUGAGAUAUACCCUCAAUGGCCGGAGGACAAGGUUGAUGAUGAUCUUCACAACUUGAUCACAGACAUUCUACAUGGCAAGCUCGAUGAUACAUAUUGGAACCAGAACACACGUAAUGCACCAGUAGCAAACAAAGCGAAAAGAAAACUAGCGAGCGAAUGUGAAGCGUGUGUCAAGAAAAAAAUGCCAAAAGAGAGGACAUCUGAUUAUGCAUGUGGAUCUGGCCUUAGGUCCGAUGGAGAUGAUGGAUUCAAGCAUGAUUUAAUUGAAGCAGUGAAGACACUGACUUCAACGGUUUUGCUAUCAUACGCAAGAAAACUGCUAUGA